CCUGUUGGCGGCGCGCGCCGUCCCGCAGCCCGGUUCAAGAUGGCGGCGGGCGGGCUGCUGGUGGCUGUGGUGGCCGCGGUGCUGCUGGAGCUCGGGCCGGAGGCGGCGGCGGCGGAGGGUUCGUCUGGGCCGCACCGCCGCUUCGAGUACAAGUACAGCUUCAAAGGGCCGCACCUGGUGCAGGCGGACGGCACCGUGCCGUUCUGGGCUCAUACGGGCAAUGCCAUCCCAAGCGCGGAUCAGAUUCGUAUAACAACGUCAUUGAAAAGCCAGAAGGGAUCAGUGUGGACCAAAAACAAGUCAAUAUUUGAAUAUUGGGAAGUCGAAGUGACCUUUCGUGUUACAGGCAGAGGCCGCAUUGGAGCCGAUGGACUGGCAAUCUGGUUUACGGAGGAGCAAGGCAUGGAAGGUCCCGUGUUUGGGGCAGCUGACAAGUGGAAUGGUGUUGGAAUUUUCUUUGAUUCCUUUGACAAUGAUGGAAAGAAAAACAAUCCUGGUGUGGUUGUUGUGGUCAACGAUGGGAAGCUUCUGUAUGACCAUCAGAACGAUGGUUCCACACAAGCACUGGCUUCCUGUCAGAGGGACUUUCGUAACAAGCCCUAUCCUGUUCGAGCAAAAAUCACAUACUACCAAAAAACACUGACUGUAUUAAUUAACAAUGGAUUUACUCCGGAUAAGGAAGACUAUGAAUUCUGUGCUAAAGUGGAAGAACUGGUGUUGCCAUCGCAAGGAUAUUUUGGAAUAUCUGCAGCAACAGGGGGACUUGCAGAUGACCAUGACGUCCUGUCUUUCCUGACUUUCCAGUUGACUGAGCCUGGGAAGGAAGUACCCACACCAGAUGCAGAAAUUCCUGAAAAAGAUAAAGAGAAGUAUCAAGAAGAAUUUGAACACUUUCAACAAGAAUUGGAUAAAAAGAAAGAAGAAUUUCAAAAGGAACAUCCUGAUGUGCAAGGACAACCAGCUGAUGAUCCUUUUGAAACUGUAAGCGAUCGUGAGCUGAGGCAAAUCUUUGAAGGGCAGAACCGAAUUCAUCUUGAAAUCAAACAGCUUAAUAGGCAGUUGGACAUGAUUCUUGAUGAGCAGCGGAGGUACGUCUCUGCAGUCACAGAGGAGAUUGCUAAAAGAGGAGCAGCUGUCUCAGGUCAGCAAGGACAGGUUUCCCAGCAAGGGAUUGAUACAGUUGUGAAAACUCAGGAAGAGGUCAUUAAACAAGUAAAUGAAAUGAAAAAUGCCAUGGCUGACACUCUGAGGUUGAUCAGUGGAGCUCAGCAUCCUGGCUCUGCCGCGGGAGUCUACGAAACAACACAGCAUUUCAAUGACAUCAAAGAACACCUUCACGUAGUGAAAAGGGACAUUGAGCAUCUAGUGCAACGGAAUAUGCCAUCUAACGAGAAACCAAAAUGUCCAGACUUGCCACCAUUUCCAUCGUGCUUAUCUACAAUGCACUUCUUCAUAUUUGUAGCAGUGCAAACAGUGUUAUUCAUUGCUUAUAUCAUGUACAGGAGUCAACAGGAAGCAGCAGCCAAAAAGUUCUUUUGAUGACCUCUUCCUUUUGUGUGUACAUAACAGCAGUAUGUAUGCACAGAAAAUCAUGCAAUUCUGUACAAGAGGGAAAAUUUAGUGUUUGAUACAUUUCAGUACUGUGAAUUACGUUAUUUUGUCAAACAAAAUGUGUUCUUAUUUAGGCUGUUAAUUCUAGAGUUAAAGCAGACCUGGGAGCAGCAGAGCCAAUGCUAGGUAGGGGGAAGGCUGUAAAUCCUGUCUAGGUCUCUGUAUCCAGUGAGAUUUCUGAUCGAUGCUGGAAGGCAAACGCUGAAUUCUUCCUGUUUUGCCAGAAUUUCAGAGGAGGGAUUUGCAAGACCCCUGUUAAGUGGCUGUUGAUCAUGAGAAUUUGCAAAGCAAUGAUGUGUGCCGAAAACUUGCCACUGAGAAUCCAUGUCAGAUUAGGAAAAACAACAACAAACAAACAAAAAACCACUGUUCUUUAAAUCCCUCCAAAACUGAAACAAGAUAAAAUGGAAAAAACAGCAAAAACAAACAAACAAAACCCACUAAAAUUAGACUUUUCUAUUUUAUUUUAUUUUGUUUUUCUGGUGAAAAUUUAUUAUGAGCAUUUCAUUUCUUUAUUAUUUGGAUCUAAUAGCUUAAGAAUGAUUUUUGGGAAUUUAGCUCUUCGUGAAGUAUAGAUUUUAAGUUCUUUUUUAGUGCAUGGACACAAAGACAGGCCUUUUACAGCCUGUUAGUAUCUGGGAUAGAAUGCAAGCAAGCUGUAUGGGACAAGCUGACAGGGGUUUGUCUCUUUAUUCUGGGUUUUGUUCUUAGGCAUUGAGAGAAAACACAACGUAGUUUCUUCUGGUAUAAUGAAAGAUUUCCAGGUUUUUAUUUGGUAGUUUGAAGUCUGUCUAAUUUUAGAGAUUUUUGGAACGUUUUUAGGAAAGGUGCCAUAGUUUGAUACCUCUUCCGAUCUGAAUUUGUUAAGGGUGUGUUUAAUUGAUGAAUAUGCCUUUAUUGUUAUAAAGCUGUCUUAUGUCUUUCGUGUUAUCAAAUACAGAUGCUUUGAUUUAAGUACUGACCUGGCAAGUAUUCUCAACUACUCAUACUGACUGUGAAAGGGUUCCUUCACAAGCUGUUGAUUCAGGCAUGUUUGUUAGCCCAGCAGCUACUGCAGAAGCAGUAUUGUGUGUCAGUUCCCAGUUCAAUAUCAAGAGCAUAAGGCUGCUCACAUGUUGUUGGUAUUGCUCAUCAGGUGAACGUUUUGCUUCGGGAGUGAAACAAAUGAGAAAGCUCAAAUCAGAAUCACGAAAUGAAUUUGUUUUGACUUGUUUACUUACCUGUGGCGACUUUGUCUUUGAUUUACGUGUCAAAUGAUGGUUGUGGGAGGACGGUUGGACGGGAUGAUCUUGUAGGUCCUUUCCAACCUUGUGAUUCUAUGAUGUUUAAAUGUUUUUUCUUUCCAAUUCUAUAAUACACAUGGAUGUGUCUGGAUAUUUCACUUUUAAACAACGAGUCUGUCUCACAGUCUGCAAAAUGUGUGUGUAAUCUAGCAUGCUACUCCUGCAGUUCCACAGUCUGUUCUCUUGGAGUGCAGCGCUUGCUGCCAAGUUCACUGUAAUGAAGAACACUCUAGCAUUGUGCCUGACGGUUGGGAGACGUGAUAAAUCUAUGCAAUAUGUUUUGUUACCGAAAACACAGUGCUCCAAAAGUGGGUGUUUGUGCCAUACCAAUAAAUUGAUGUUACCUACACACCUAUUUACGUUCUUACAGUAUGCGGCAUGCUGUAAAUGAUAGAGCUUUAUACAUUCAUUUCCGAAUUUGAGACUUUGCUGUAAUAAUUGGAGAAACCACUGCCUCAGGCUCUUCUUGCUGUGAUAAGCAGGACAAGCCAAUGAAAGAACCUUUUCAGAGAACCCAGAACAGCACAGGAAUUUAUCCAUUCAGUUCUAACACCAGCAAAUAUUUACAGGUGCCUUGAGUCUAACCUAUUACAACUGAAUAUGUUUUCUUAAAUUGCUCUGGAAAUAAUGUUGUUCUUUUCAAUUGCUUUCCUGCACAGUGCAACACCUAAGUGAGCUCCCUCUCUGAAUACAGGCUUUGCAAGGCAGGAAGGCUAACAAGUGUGUUCUGGAAGGUUAGAUGCAAACAUGGUGACGUGCAUCUCCAAUGUGUCAGUUGGAGGGAGCCUGCAUUUCUUGUUACUGUGAAUUUCUCCAAUUACAACUCUGUUUCAAAGCUGGACAAACAAUGCUGUUGUCUUUAUUUGUAAAGAAAAAUGGGGAUAGAGGCUAGCAACAUACUUGAAUCUACAAUUGUAUCCUUGGUAUGGGGCUCAGCUUGUGUGUCGAUGCUGCUAGUAGAUCUGACCUGUGUCCGUGUGCAACCGGGGAUCAUUUGUGUUAGUGAGCAGAAGGUAUGAAUUGCACCAUCCUAAAAGUGAUAACUUUGCUUCAUUUCACAGUCUUCACUCCCUGGAACAUCAGUAAUUGCCUCGCCGCUCACUGGAUCAAAGGAAAACUCCCAGUUUACCCAGCCCAAAGCUUGUCCCGUCUGUUCCUGAGGUGAUAGCAACAAAAUUGGACUUUGGGAAUGUUUGUCUGUCAGUGUGGCCUCUUCUUGUGGUGGGCUAUUAGAAUUUCCUUAACACUGACAGGGCAUUUCAUUUUGUCAAGUGAAAUAUCAGGACUCACAGAUGAAGGCAACUUGGAAUCCGGUAUGUCUGACAAUAUGGAGGAGGCCAAGAAAAUAACAGUAUUUGAAGUAGCAAAUAUUUGGCAGCGUCAAGGGGAUCUCAUUGUGUUAAAGCUUAUUAAAUAAACGGUCGCACCUGAAUCUCUCAAGCAAAUUUCAGUCACUUGUGAAUUACUUUUGUUGAUUGUUUGGGGAAAAUGAUAUCAAUACAUCAAUUACUGUAACGAUGAAGACUUUCUACUGUUUAAAAAAAUAGACAAAACACACAGCUGACAUUUCCUGAUGUUUGUUUCUGACUGAUGUGAACGGAGGGUUGGAGAUCAGAGAUAACAUUAUUUGAAUAAAGAUGCAUAUUUUUAAUAAA